CACUGCCUAGUAAAUAUCCCUCUCUCUCUCUCUGUCCCUCUCUCUCUCUCUACUUUUCCAUUCAUCUGCUCCAAAAACCAAAAUUACUUGAAGGGUCUCUUGUCAAUUUUGAGGAAUAAACAUGGGUUUGAAGCAUCUUGGUCUCAAGCUUAAGGGAUUUCGUUUGAGACUUUUUCGCAUUGGAGAUGUUGGGAUGAGAAGAAGAGAGGAAGAGAUGGAGAAGAAGCCUUCAUGGAUGAUACCAAUCUCUCAUGGCUAUCAUGUUGUUGAUAAAAUGGAUGAGUCAGAGCUGGACUCUGUUGUGGUACAGAGAGAAGAUAUUGAAGGACUGGAAGUGUGGUUUUACGGAGUUUUCGAUGCUCGAAUUGGAGAUUCUGUAAUCAAGUAUAUGCAAUCUCAUUUCUUUGACAGAUUUCCAAAACAGUGUCGUAUAGGGAGAAAGAGCAAACAGACAAUGAGAAAAGCAUAUCUGAGUGCAAGAGCAAAGGCUAGGGAGGCACAAAAAUCAGAUGAGAAAUGCAUGGCAGGCUCAGCAUCAGUGAUGGUCAUUAAUGGAGAAAAACUGGUGAUAGCUAACAUGGGUAACUACAGAGUUGUAAUUUGCAGAGAUGGCAAGGCACAUCAGAUAAGCACAAGGCAUCACCGAACGGCCAAAAAACAUUGGUCCAGUGGACUCUUUUUGGGUGGCAUGUUAUCAUGGAACUACAAAAAUGCAAGAGGCAGAAGCCAUGACAAGGGCUCGGAGGUUGCUGUAGGUGCUGAGGGGAUCGAUUCUGGUACCGAAUUUGUGAUUCUAGCAAGCAAUGGCAUAUGGGAGGUGAUGAAGAAUCAAGAAGCUGUAAGUCUCAUUCAUCACAUAGAGGAUCCACAAGAAGCUGCUGCGUACCUGGCCAAGGAGGCUGUGAAUAGAAUGAGCAAAUCCUGCAUUUCUUGUAUUGUCAUCCGCUUCGACUAAUUCAUAUUAGCUGUGUUGUUUAGUUUUUUUAGAGUAAUAGGGCCAUGUAUU